AUUUUGUACUGUGAUGACACUUGCUGAGCAUCCAACUUUACUUCCUUUUUUCAUAUGGCCUUUCUCCAGGCCCUACUUCUGAGAUUUCUUGCUUUGGCCUCUGGAGAAAGAACCAUUUGCUAGGACACCAUCCCACUUGUGGACCAAGGGAAAUUGCAUUCAACAGGCAAAAAGCAUACACCACCAUCACAUCUUCUGGGAAGAUUCAGGAGGCUCAUUUGACGCUCAGCCCAGUCGCCGGUGUCCUGGAACAGGAGCACGACCUCUCCUCCUUCCUCUCGUUGGAGUUUAUUUAAUCUACUAAAGCAGAGGCUUUCAUUGCUGAAAACUGCCAGACAAUCUGAGGACAUCAAACUCAAGGCCUUCUGCCUUUUUCUGAGAGGAAAUACUUCCUCAUCUGUGUUGUCGGGGGCCAUGAGUAACUGCUGCGGUGACAGUCUCCAAAACCUGUUGACGUGGAACACCUAAAAUGGGGACAGGACUUGCUGCUACGCUGCAAGCUCAUCUCUAAUCACCGUGAAGACGACCUACCGUUCAUCUUGCUGUCUAGUUUGAUUCUCCCCUGACCUGCACCUCUUCCUGAUUUGAAACUGCUGCUUGUUGUUUCCCACCCUUCAACUUCUUUCUGCUGAGGUGACCUCAAUCACUCCUAAUCCAAACCAUGGCCAGCAGACUCCAUUUGUCCUGCCUGUCUCCUUCCCUCUUUCUCGCCCUCACGUUCCCUGCAUUGUUUCUCCUCCACCUGCCUGGCAUGGUGAAAGGGGACUGCUGGCUGAUAGAGGGGGAUAAAGGCUACGUUUGGCUAGCUAUCUGCAGUCAAAACCAGCCACCAUUCGAGACCAUUCCCCAGCACAUCAACAGCACGGUUCAUGACCUGAGGUUGAAUGAGAACAAACUUAAGGCUGUGCUUUUUAUCUCCAUGUACCGCUUCACAAACCUUACUGAUCUCAACCUAACCAAGAACGAGAUCAGCUACAUCGAAGAUGGGGCCUUUGCUGGACAGGCCAACCUACAGGUUCUCCAGCUGGGCUACAACAAACUGACAAACCUGACCGAGGGCAUGUUGAGAGGUCUAGGUCGAAUGCAGUGCCUCUUCUUGCAGCACAACCUCAUUGAGGUCAUUGCCACCAAUGCCUUCUGGGAGUGCCCCAGCCUCAGCAGCCUGGACUUAUCUUCAAAUAAGUUGGCACGUCUGGACCCGUCUACUUUCACUGUCCUCAACAGGCUGAUGGUGUGUGAAUUAGCAGGAAACCUGUUCCACUGUGGCUGUGAACUCUACAGCUUUCUCACUUGGCUGGAGGCAUUUAACAAUGUCACCCACACCUACGACCGCCUCCAAUGUGAAACCCCUCCUGAAAUGAAUGGUUAUCCACUCCUGAGUCCAGUACCUGGACAUGGAAGAAAUGCCCGUUACAAACUUUUAUCUAAAUGUCACGAAGGUGCGAUAGGGAUGACCUCCCAGACGCCAGAUCCAGAUGGCUCAGGGAUGGGUUUGGAAAACCCAGACCAAGGUCUGUACCACCAGCCGACCAUAUCGUCCACUGCUGAUCCCACCUAUGGCCACAAGAUUUCUAUAAAGCUUCAGUCUGUCUCCCUCUACACUGCUUCACUAAUUGUGCAAAUCCCAAGACCAUACAGUAAAAUGUACAUCCUUUCUCAGUACAACCAGACUUUUGUUGCAGACAUCAUGCCCCUUAAAAACCAGAAGGAGAUAAUUACUUUGGACAAGCUGAAACCGCACACAAACUACACUUAUUGUGUGGCUUCUGUGAGCAAAUCUCAGCACUACAACCACACCUGUCUGUCCUUUAGCACACGAGCUAUGGGACCAGAGGACCAGCGAACCAAUCCAUCCACAACUACCCACUACAUCAUGACCAUCCUCGGAUGUUUGUUUGGCAUGGUCAUUGUGCUUGGAUUUGUCUAUUACUGUCUCAGACGGCGACGCAUCCAGGAAGAGAAGGAGAAAGCUAUAAGUGUGAAGAAAACUAUUCUGGAGAUGAGGUAUGGGCCAGAGGCAGCUGCGGCAGUGGCCAAUGAUCCAGGUGCUAUGCAACGUCUUCAGGAGCAGGCCCACCACCAGCACCACCAUUCAGGAGGAGCAGGAGGCAAGCUGCCACCAUCUGCAUCCUCUAGCACUGGCAUGCUCCACGGCUCAGCUAACACCACUUCUUCCCGCCUCUCUACCUUGCCCCAGGUGGAGAAAAUGGCUACUGCCUUCUCUGAAGCAAUGGGUGGAAUGGCUGGGGAAGGCAGGGAGGGAGGAGUGGCAGUGGGAGGAUUAGGGGUAGGAGGAGAAGUAGGCAUGGAUAUGCGAGGUGGGACAGAUAAUGGGACAGAGGCUGGGGAGGAUUCGGAUGAUGACGGCCGUGGCUCAGCAUCAGAGAUCUCCACCAUUGCCAAGGAGGUGGACAAGGUGAACCAGAUCAUCAACAAUUGCAUUGAUGCACUGAAGCUGGAUGUGUCUGCUAAUGUUGCGAACACGGCUGAGAAUGCCAGCUCUGUGUCCUCCUCCCAGCCUCCAGCUUGCGUUGCGUCCCUCCCUCGCAACCUCCUGCCCCUCUCUCCAGGCCACCCCGGAGAUCAGAUCAUGGCCUCUUCUCCAAAGGUGCAUCCAAAAUCUCACCCCCAGCCUCAUCCUCAGCCUCAUUCACAGCCUCACCCUCAGCCUUAUCCUCAGCAACAUGCUCAGCCUCAUCCUCAGCUACAUCAGCAGCCUCACCCACCUUCUAUGGCCCCAGUGCCCCUGGUUAUGCCCCUGUCUGAGCGGCCGGGUAUCAGUGGCGGGGGAUUCCUCUCCCCUCCUUACCGUGACCCACCCCCAGCCAAUGCAGUGCGGCCCCUUCAGAGGCAGUUGAGUGCUGAUACUGCUGUGGUGAAGAACCGUUGUGGUGCCCCUGGUGUAGGAUCUGUCAAAAGCACCAGGUUGUUCAGUGUGGAUAUCCCUGAGCAGCGCAGCGAUCCUCCCAAAUACCCAACAGAGAAGGGUAGCCCCUUGGGUUGUGGUGCAGGGGGUGGAAGUGGAGGAGUUGGUGGAGUAGGGGCCUGCAACGGGAAUGGAAUGGGAAACAUAAACGGUGGUGGGGUGAGUGUGAAUGGGGGUGGGAUGGGGUGUAACAAUGGGAAUGGAGGUGGAGCAGCUGGCCCUGGACAGCAGCAGCACCAUUUAGAGGUUCAGCCAGACUACCACAGCUCUGAGCACCGCCACUCCUUUCCUGCACUCUACUAUGAGGGCAGCAACGACUCACCCUCACCAGCCCAAAAGGCCUCAUUCCUCAAGCCUCUGGGACGCAACAAGAGGGAUGCCACAGCCACCUACUCCCAGCUCUCACCUUCUCGCCACCACAAUUACAACUCUGGCUACUCCUCCAGUCCAGAGUAUUCAUCUGAGAGCACACUGCGGAUCUGGGAGCGAUUCCGCCCUUACAAGAAAAGCCCCAGAGAGGAAGCAUCCUAUAUAGCGGCAGGCCAUGCCCUGCGUAAGAAAGUGCAGUUUGCCAAGGACGAGGACCUUCAUGAUAUUUUGGACUACUGGAAGGGAGUUUCUGCCCAGCAGAAGCUGUGAGCUGAAGAAGCAAAGUCAAAUGCCGUAAGGGAGAUUGUGAGGUUGGAUGCCAACCACAGACUACUAAAGAGAAUAGAUGCUAAUGUAGCUAGAAAGAUAAUGAGGUUUCAUCUGUGGUGUCCGGUGACAUGGGUCAUUUCACUACUGGAUCCAGAGUUAAAGAGGUAUUCUCUGUGGGUGAUUUUUAAAAAGUGAUUCUAUGAUCAUGUCUUGACAUUUUAAGAGGCUGUUUCUGAUGUUGGCUGUUUUCACCACAAUACUGAUUAACAAGAAUCAAGCUGUUUACCAGACUGUCUCAUACUGGGCACUUUGGUCCUUGCAGGCUUCCAUAGCUCCGCUGAAGCCUCACUAAUGAGCAAAGCAAAGCUGGUGACAAGCAAGUGUCUACCUCAUUACUGGUACACUGUAGCUCAGCUAUCUCACCACAAGCAACCCCAUUCACAAUUUAAGCCCAGUCCCUCUUUUCUCUAAUCCCAUCAAACCACCAUUCACAAAACAGUCAUUCUAUGGCACCUCCAGCACCUGCUCUCUUAUAAAAGCAUCAUUUAGGGAGAUAAUGAGGGAACAGAAUGAGGAAUUAGGUGCAUUUGUUUUAGAAUAGCACCAAUCUCCCUCUUUGGGGGAGGACAUUAAGUGAUACUUAUCAGGCUAAUUGUUCUUUCUGGCAGUUAGCCAGAGUAAGAGUAUGUUGGGGAGGCUGUGUGUUGAGCAUGUUUAUUGAUUUUAAGCACCUAACUAGAUAUGUUCAGAGGUGUGCAGGCAUGUAUAUAAAGUUAGCGCAUGCUGGUGUGAGUGAUUAUGUGGGGGUGGGAGAGUAGGGUUGGGGUGGCGUUGUCCAUUAUUCUCAGUCUCCUCUAUGGUAGCAAAGUGGAUAGCUUUGUGGACAUGCUUUUCAUAUCAAGCUAGUUGGGGAGUUGUGUGUGUGUGUGAGCAUGUGGUUACGUGAAUCUGUGUUUGGCCCCGCCUGACUGUCUCAAUAAUGUGAAAUAAACCCUUUCAAGACCUGCAGGCAUUUUUUUCUCCUAUUCCAUUUCCUAUUUACAGGUGUAGCAUAUUUCUUUUGAUAAGGGCAGCUAUGAGGUAGUAAAUUUACAUGUCAAUAGUGCAGAAAUUACUUUAGGGUGGGUUAUGCAUGUUGGCAAAAUAGGUGUUAGCUCCUUUAUGAAAGAGCUCAGUAAUCACCUUUAGGAACAGAGGCAGAUUGAGAGCAGGUUAAAGGUUUGCUGUAGCUGCAUCUUAGUUUGAACUUGCCAGUGUUAAGGAGACAAGAUAGGGUUCAGUGAAUUUUCAGCUUGAGAUGAACCAGCUUAAGGUGAGGCUGCAUAGAACUUUAAAAUAUGUCAAAUGCACCCUGCACUACACAGUGAGAUAAGAUGGAUGGUAAGCAGAGUGAAGGCCUGAGGGAUAUAUUCAGCCUCAGACUAUAUGACCCAGCUCUGCUCUGGGUGGGAGCUUGUAAUGACCAAAUUGCCCUUGAGAGGUAUGAUUUCACAAGCUUCUGUUGUAUUUAUUACAUUUGUUUUUGUUUUUCAACACGGUGAAUAGAAAAUAAGGUUGUCCCAAUGAGCAAGUAACUGUAUUACUUUAAUUUGGUUUAUUAAUGUUAAGGCUUUGGGGUUUAGGCUAUGAGUGGUUCAGUGAAAUCCACUGAAACAAAUAGGAGCAAGGCUUGGUGCACAGACCAUGUUUUUUUACUCAUGUUCAUGAAAACAGCAUUCUAAUACACAUACUCAUAAAAGAAGUAAGAAGGUUGAUAAUUCUAACUGUACAAUGUUUUAACAUUUAUGUAUUCAAAACACAAGUACCUCUAAUCCACAAAUAAUCUUUAUGCUCUUUCCUUGCAUCAAAAUUUGCAGUUUCAAAAUGUUGAUUUCAAUUGACUUUAUUUCUUUUGCCACCCAUUCUUCUUACUGUAUCCUCGCCAGUGGUGUCUGACCCCUCUUCCUCUUCCACUAUGCAUUUCAAUUGAAAAGGUAUAUAUUCUGUUUUAAAAUGUCUAAUUAAUUAAUACCACUCCAUGUUUUGUUUUGUUUUGUUUUUUGUUUUAGUUUUUUUGUCUGGCAUCACCUUGGUCAAACCUAAUGAGGUAAAUUAAUGAGUAAUUCUCAGAGGCUGAUAUUCUACCAUCAUUUGAGGUCAGAAGAAUGUGCUGAUAUUAUUAAUUCUGCCAGACUUGGAGCCUGAUUGAAAUUAAUGCCUUUAUCUGUUUAUCUUUCUUUCUGUUCCUACCUCCUUCAUCAGAAAUUUAGCCGGGUUACACAUCUCUGUUGCAGACAGGAAUGGUCCUCAGACAAACAGACUGAAACAUUAAAGUCAGAUGUAUGCUUGACCAUGACUUUGUAGGUUAUGAGCAGGCCAAGGUGAGCUAGUCUGAGAUCUAACCUCUUGGGUGAUGUGUGUUGUCGUUUGAGUCUGACUGGUCAGGAAGAGCCUGUCAAGCAGGCCUAGAAGUUAUGAAUUUCUGUUUGAUUUUCCACCAGGUUGACCCCGAUAUUAUUGUUUUGAAUUCAGGUGUGAGUUUGAUAGGAAAGUGAAAGCAAUGGGUGUCAUUUAGCCUUUAACCUAUAAAGAUCUUUGUCUAGCAGAUGAGCUCUCUUCAAAAGGUCAGCUACUAGGAGAUGCAUCUGCUGUGCCCUUCACAGCAAGGUCUGUCACCCUUUGUAUUCAGGAAACAUUUUUAAUUGCAAUAUUUCAGUCCUAUGAGGAUGCUUACCUCCACUGUAUUGGUGUGCUGACAGAAACUUCAGACAGAUAUAUGUAUCGAAGCCCUGGCAAAUAAAUUAAAAGCUAUCUGAACAUCUAGAUACCUUGAGGGGUAAAUGAAAAAACAUGUUUUAAUAGAAUGAACUGACCAUUUAAUUAUGCUGUAAUGAAAAGCUGUUCAUUUUUAUACCCACUGUUUUUGCUUUUGAUAUUCCAUUGUGUUUCAUAUUGAGUAAUGACUUCCUCUCUGACCUCUCUAUGUCAGCUAUGGCAGCCAAUCCAAUAGCCCCACUAGCAUUCACAAUGGGAUGUCAAAGGCACAUCAUUACUCUGCUAUCAGAUCAAUAGAACUUAAUUUGGGCAGGUCACACCAAAUAAAAAACACAGAACAAAUUCCCUCGGGCACUAACUUGGACAGCCUCCAUUUUUAUAAGGACCCAGUUUUUUAUUUUGACCUUUUGCUCAAAUUCCAUUGGCAGCUCCCUCUGUGUUAGGUCCAAGGAAUCACCAAUCAUUUAGUUUUAGAUUACUACCAAGGGCUAUGCAGGGGUAGAAGAUUUUUAAAAAUAAUGACUUCAUUUGAAAGAGCAGAGAAUCGAGCUGAGGUUACCUGCACAAACCCUCAAGACCUUUUUCUAGAUGUAGGGAAUAGCUUUAGCUCAGUCACAGUAUUUAUAAGCACAGUGUGCCCAAUUGUCAUAAUUUACACCUAAUAACAUCACUCAUUUCUGUCCAGCUGUGUGGUUUUCUCCAAAUAAACGCCAGUCAGCUCUGCCUUGUUUGAGUACAUAUUACUAAUAUGUUUUAACAUACAGUCGUCCAUGGUAGCCAAGCCUUGCUCCUCUUCAUCACUUAACAUACUGCAUGUCCUUACUGUAUUCAUCUAUAGCAGUUAUUUUUAGUUGACAGUAAGCUUUUUGAUUUCCCUUCCUUAAAAUGAGGGGUGCCUGACUCCAGUCCUCAGGGGCCAGAAUGAACAAGUCCAGACUGACAGGUGCACAGAUAUUGUUCGUUUGGAAUUGCCUGUGUGUCUUCUCUCCA